AUGGACGAAGGCACUGGGCUACAGCCCCGGGCGGGAGAACAGCUGGAGGCACCGGCCGCAGUAGGAAAUGGCCAAGAGAAGUGUGUGUCAGACACCUCUAGGUCCAGGAGUUUACCGGUACUGAUCAGCGCCUCCUGCCGGACGUCCCUCACCCCUGCGAGUGUAGACCCCAAGCCAUCUUUCACCUGUACGGAUUCUUUGGGCCUCCAGGAAUUGAAGCAAGGCCCGGGCUCCUUGGCCCCCAGCCCCUCCGCCCCGUCCACUUCGGCGGGGAUGGCGGGGCUCGGGGACUGUAAACACAGGGUGGACGUCAGCAAAACCGUUUCGGUGUCCUCCACUUUGGCCACACUCCAGGGGAGAAGGUGCCUCUACGUGGUCCUCACCGAUUCCCGUUGCUUCCUGGUUUGCAUGUGCUUUCUGACCUUCAUCCAGGCGUUAAUGGUCUCCGGGUACCUGAGCAGUGUCAUCACCACCAUCGAAAGACGCUACAGCCUGAAGAGUUCCGAGUCUGGGCUGCUGGUCAGCUGUUUUGACAUCGGGAGCUUGGUGGUAGUGGUGUUUGUCAGCUACUUUGGCGGCCGCGGUCGGCGGCCCUUAUGGCUGGCCGUGGGUGGCCUUUUCAUCGCCAUCGGAGCUGCCCUUUUCGCCUUACCUCACUUCAUCUCGCCCCCUUACCAGAUCCAAGAGUUGAACGCCUCGGCCUCCAACGAUGGCCUGUGCCAGAGUGGAAAUUCCACGGCAACUUCGGAGUCUUCCGCCUGCCUAAAGGACUCGGGAGGAAAUAAUCACUGGGUCUAUGUGGCUUUAUUUAUUUCCGCACAGAUUCUCAUUGGAAUAGGAUCGACACCUAUUUAUACUCUGGGACCAACCUACUUAGAUGAUAAUGUCAAGAAAGAAAAUGCAUCCUUGUACCUAGCCAUCAUGUACGUCAUGGGUGCACUUGGUCCUGCGGUGGGGUAUUUAUUAGGUGGACUUCUUAUUGGUUUCUAUGUUGACCCCAGAAACCCUGUUCAUCUUGACCAGAAUGACCCUCGUUUCAUUGGAAACUGGUGGAGUGGAUUCCUACUUUGUGCCAUUGCAAUGUUUCUUGUGAUAUUCCCAAUGUUUACUUUUCCAAAAAAGCUUCCUCCUCGGCACAAGAAAAAGAAAAAGAAAAAAUUUUCUGCUGAUGUUGCUAGUGAUGAUGACGUUAUGAAAGAGAAAUCAAACAAUAAUGAACAAGUGGACAAAAAAGUUUCUUCUAUAGGAUUUGGAAAGAAUGUCAAAGACCUACCAAGAGCAGCUGUCAGGAUCUUAAGCAACAUGACAUUCCUUUUUGUGAGUUUGUCAUACACAGCUGAGAGUGCCAUUGUAACUGCUUUCAUUACCUUCAUCCCCAAGUUCAUCGAGUCCCAGUUUGGUAUCCCUGCUUCCAAUGCCAGCAUCUACACUGGUGUUAUUAUUGUCCCCAGUGCUGGUGUCGGUAUUGUCCUGGGAGGCUAUAUUAUAAAAAAAUUGAAACUUGGUGCAAGAGAAUCGGCAAAACUAGCAAUGAUCUGCAGUGGUGUGUCUUUACUGUGCUUUUCAACGCUAUUUAUUGUUGGAUGUGAAAGUAUUAACCUAGGGGGCAUAAACAUCCCUUAUACAACAGGGCCUUCUCUCACCAUGCCUCACAGGAACCUGACGGGAAGCUGCAAUGUGAAUUGUGGGUGUAACACGCAUGAGUAUGAGCCGGUCUGUGGAUCAGAUGGAAUCACGUACUUUAACCCUUGCCUGGCUGGCUGUGUUAGUAGCGGUAAUCUCAGCACUGGGAUACGGAAUUAUACAGAAUGCACCUGUGUCCAAAGCCGACAAGUGAUCACUCCUCCCACCGUGGGACAGCGCAGCCAGCUCCGAGUGGUCAUUGUCAAAACCUAUCUCAAUGAGAACGGCUAUGCUGUGUCUGGGAAGUGUAAACGGACCUGUAACACCCUCAUCCCAUUCUUAAUUUUCCUUUUCAUUGUCACAUUCAUCACAGCGUGUGCCCAGCCAUCAGCCAUCAUCGUUACGCUCAGGUCCGUAGAAGACGAGGAGAGACCAUUUGCGCUGGGAAUGCAGUUUGUUUUAUUGCGAACACUCGCCUACAUUCCUACUCCAAUUUACUUUGGUGCAGUUAUUGACACCACCUGCAUGCUCUGGCAACAGGAAUGUGGCGUACAGGGCUCUUGCUGGGAAUACAACGUGACGUCGUUUCGCUUCGUCUAUUUCGGCCUGGCGGCCGGCCUCAAAUUUGUUGGCUUCAUCUUUAUUUUCCUGGCCUGGUACUCCAUGAAGUACAAGGAGGAGGAGCUGCAGCGGCAGAGGUGGCGGGAGUUCCCUCUGAGCACCGUGAGCGAGCUGGUGGGCCGCCCCGCCCGUGCCAUCGCCGAGAACUGUACCCGGACUAGAUCCUGCCCGGCGUUCAGCAGCCAGGGAGAAGUCCACGAAGAGACUGUUCUGCAAAGAGGGACCCAGGCCACGGCGCAGACCCAUCCGGGGCCCUGCCCAGAAGCAGUAAGUUCUUCAGCAGACCCGGGGCCAGAAGAGAACCCCGCUGCACUAUAGCCUCUCUCCUGAAGCUUGGAAACGGAAGACUUUGGUUUUGUUGGUUGAGUUGAAUAUGGUGACUUGAGAAACACCUGUGCCUUCUUUUCUUUCUUUCUUUUUUAAGGUCUAAAGACAAAAUCCUCAAACCAACAAA